CAGAUGGCGGCGCUUCCGCUCCGUGUGGUGGGCGGUGGGAGCGGGGCGGGACCUGCCGGGCUGGGGCCGCAGGAUGAAUUACAUGCCGGGCACCGCCAGCCUCAUCCAGGACAUCGACAAAAAACACUUGGUCCUCCUUCGAGAUGGUAGAACACUGAUAGGAUAUUUACGAAGCAUCGAUCAGUUUGCGAACUUGGUGUUACACCAGACGGUGGAGCGCAUUCACGUGGGCAAAAAAUAUGGCGACAUCCCUCGAGGCAUCUUUGUCGUGCGAGGCGAGAACGUUGUCCUGCUGGGGGAAAUAGACCUGGAGAAGGAGAGUGAUACGCCUUUGCAGCAGGUGUCAAUCGAGGAGAUCCUGGAGGAACAGCGAGUAGAACAGCAAGCCAAGCAGGAAUCAGAGAAGCUGAAAGUGCAGGCACUUAAGGAGCGGGGCCUUUCAAUCCCGCGGGCAGACACUCUAGAUGAGUAUUAGGUGUUCUGCCCAUCGGACAAUUCGCUCUGUCCGAGCAAGCAGAGCGGUUUGCAUUUAGACCACACUUGGCCAGAGGCUAUGUAGGUCUGUUUGGAAAGGCUGUUUUUUGUUGUUUUAUUUUAAUUUUGGCUUAUCUGUUUUCCAUGGCACAGAUACACUAUUAAAAUCAUGUCAUUGUUUUCACAAAAUCA